AUGGUUGGCCUUCUGCAACUCAGCUCCGGUUACGUUUACCAGUGCGAACCAGGUACCGAUCCAACGCAGUGUAGAAUGUGGAACCUAGAGUACGACGAAAGCGCGAUCCAGAAACAUCCCGAGAGACUGCCGACGGUGAACAUUUCGUCCACGGUCCGUACCAUCUGGCUGAUGUUCGACCAUUACUACUACACCCGGCACGAGAUGAUGACUCGCUACGAUGUACAGCUUCACUCGAAAAUAUUGCGUGAUCCUUCCAGCGUCCUGCUGGUGGACUAUCAGAUAAAAAGCAUCGUCAUACCGGAAUCGCUUUCAAUGGGCGAUUUCAGGAACAAUUUCAUCACGGAGGUCGAAACCGUACCAAACCGCACGUAUGCUUUGCAGUACCUUGACCUAUCGCACAACAACCUCAGGAAUGUGGGCAACCUGACCUGGCUAACGCAGCUAAAGACGCUUAACCUCAACCGCAAUCGGCUCAACAGCGUCAACCCAGACACAUUCUCGCGCAUGUACGAUCUGCAAUAUCUCUACCUGGGUGAUAACAGCUUCUUCAUCGUCAAUCUGCACCAUCUGCCCAAGACACUGACCGUGUUGUCGCUGGCACGAAACUACCUGCGUAAAUUAACGCUAUCCGAAUUGUCACUGCCCGCCCUGCGAGAGCUAGACCUCGAGAACAACCAAAUGACGGAGCUCGACCUGGCGGCGUUGUUCAAGGCAUUCCCGGCUUUGGAGCUGUUGCCGAUCGAAUAUAACGCCUUCCCACAAGAGGACGCCCAGCGUAUUAUUGCCGGCCUGAAACUGCACAACGUGUCCUUGAUCGUAGGACAUGUGAGUGGUGACAACGUCCGGUGCGACUCGGACGAGUACCGCGUUGACAACCUGUGCUUCUCUUACCCAAUCAUGGGCUUCCGGUCGGUGUGGAAGGCGAUCGUGCUACUAUCCUUGAUGGUGUUUGCAGUGAUCGCGUUCGUCCAGAGCGUGCGCUGGGUGUGGCACCAGAUGCGGUACUGAGCGUGCGUAUCGGUGUUCAAUGUGAUAGGGCUUGCGGGAUGCGAAAAGCCAUGCAAGCAACCAAAAUUCGGGACUAAAUUAAGCGCGCGCUUUGUGUGCCGAAGAGCCCACAAGGCGCGAGAGGUCUGUAGAUAUCUGUGCUGAAGUGAAACCGAGAUGUACGCACCCAAUCGGCCAGUAGAAGAUGUGUAAUACUCCAGAUUACAUUCCUAUUAGGAAGCGAUGUGCCAAUAAAUCGCUUCUCCUUUAACAGUGCCCUUCAGCGUGAUCGACGCUCGAACUUCCCCUUUGCCUUUGCGUUAUCAGUAGCUAGAAAUGGUGAGCAUAGCUCAAACCAAACCAAGAUAAGCUUCAAACGCACUCUGAACACUCUAUCAUCUGGCUGAUGGGGCGUAUUUGCGAGUGUAGUACUUACGCGGAUGCGAAACAAAACACUGCACGGUGCGGAUUAUAGUAAGUUAAGCAUAAUAAAGUAUGGAAAAAUCA